AUGGAUACCGUCUCCCAGUUUUUGUCGACCUCUUGGGAUCAGGCUCAGGAUCAUCGUUCACAAGAACCAUCGGUGCUGACCACUACAACAACCCAACAGGGAAAACGGAACUCGGCUCUAAGUAUAAACUCAUUACUCAAUGUUAAAGCAUCCAAUAAGCGCAAAAACAGUACCUCUACUAUCAUUAGCAACAAAGCCGAUGGGAACAAUGACCUUCCAAAACUGGAACAGCCACCGCAAAAUUCGUCAAUCCAAGGAGGCGGCCAAACAAAUAUCUUUCUGACAUUUCUCAAUUCCACAAAGCAAUCGAACAUCAACAACCAAUUGGCAGAUAAGCUUAUUGAAAAAUUUAUUUUGAUAGCAUUACCAACGGAAUCUUCAACUAUUGAGUCGAAUAUCCAACAACGAAUCAAUGACUCGAGUAAUCGCCCGCAAUUUUCGGUACAAAUCAUGUCGACAAACUUUAUCGAUAUGAAUUCUCGAUUGUCGAUUGCCUUUAUCACUUUGAACAAUUUCUUCAAAAUUUUAAACUGGGAUAAUUUCAAUUUCAAUAUCUUUGUGUUGAUUUUAUUGACAAAUAUCAUAUUGAACCCUUUGCCGAUGUUGAUGGCCACCCCAUUCCUAUUUUUGUUGUACGGGAUAAUGUUGCCUCAGUAUGUGGAAAAAUAUUGUCCUGAUUCUUUUAAUUAUCAAUUAGAAUACCAAUUGGACCAAUUCCCGUACCCACCUUAUUACCCAAUCAAUCAAGUUGAGAAGGCAAAACCGUGCAGUCAAUUUUCCAAAGAAUUCUUCAUCAAUAUGACCGAUCUUCAAAAUUUCAUGGUGAUUUAUAUCAUUGCCUGGGACUACAUAAAUAAUUUUUUGCAAAAAUUCAUUUAUUUCAAGUUUGAAGCCCUCUCGAAUUUCAUAUUUGUGAUCUUGUUUUUGAUUGGAAUUUUGAAUAUGAUGAUCAUGCCCAAAUUACUAGUGUUUUGUAUGCCGAUGAUCAAAGUGCUUGCGAUCAUUGGCCUUUGGGGGUUCAUGAUCAUGAUCCAUCCCAAUAAUCGUGAAAAUUUGCUGAAAAUUUUGGAUAUCAAUGGAUACCUUGAAAGAAAAAUGGAAGGUAAAGAGUCUUUAAUACCUGAGGAUAAUAACGAUGGAAAUGUUAGUGGAGAAAAGCUUGGACCAGAAGAUGAAGGAAAAGAAGAAGGAAAAGAAAACAAAAUAGAAGACUCGGUUAUCGACCAUAAUGAUGUGGUGAUUGACGAGAGUGAUGAUAGUAUUAUUGACGACUCUCUAAACAAUAAUGGAAGGCCACUGAGGGCAAAUAUCUUGAAAACAAAGAUCCAAAGCAAAAUUAAACCAAACAAGGAGAAAAUUUAUAGUAACCUUCACUACUUGCUACAGAAGAAAUCGUACUUGCGAUUUAUCAAUUCGGAAUUUAAUUAUAAUUUAUAUUAUCAAGAUUUGAUGUUCACCCCUAAAAAUGAAAAAUUGAAAUUGGUGGAGAUCUUUGAGCUUCAAUCGUUUGACAAGAAUACCAAAGAAUGGAAUGUGUCAAUCUAUACUGAGGAUUAUUUCAGCAAGAAUUCGGAAAUCCGAAAAAGUUUUGCCCAAAACAUAAAGUUGAAGAAAAAAAUUGAUUAUCAAAAUGAACAUAUUAAACGAAGCCUGAAUUCUGUGAUACAUUCUCCGCCAAAGAGUAAUGAUGAUUGUCCUACGAAAGCAGUAAUUCCGCCGCUGACUUCAAAUUACACUUUGAGUAGUUAUUUGGGAGAUAUAUCUUCCGACAGCAUUGCCGAAGCAAUGAAUGCCAUAGUUGGAGGAGGAGAAAAAGAAGACCAUGUAAGUGAUCCAAUCGGUUCUAAUAAUACCUCUAAUCAAUCAUCAUCUUUGUUGUCAACGUCAGCGGCAACAGAAGAAGCCUGGGAAGAAGCCGUAACGAGUACCGUCAAACCCUUGCAUUUCGCCAUAAGUUUAAAACUCAUUACUCCCCCAAAGAAUUAUCGAUUUAUUGAACUGGAAAAAUUCGGUGGAAUUGGCUGGAAACUAGAUUUGUCGCCGCAUGAAUGGGUUCGAGAAAAUUAUAUUGAUGGAAUAGUGGAUAUUGAUGAUGAGGGGAAAUGGGUAUACGAUAUUGAUCAGCAAAAUAAGAGGAGUUUUGAGUAUCGAAGAAGACGGUGGUUAAGGUACGCUGAACGGAUUGUGGAGUAUGAUGAUGAUUAUGAUGGAAUUGAUUAUGAUGCAUUUAAAAUUAAUGAAAAAGAAAGCGAUGAAAGUAGUGAUAAUGACGAUGAUGAUGAUGAUGAUGAUGAUGACGAUGAUGACGAUUAUGAUGAUGACGAUGAUGACGAUGAUGACGAUUAUGAUGAUGACGAUGAUGAUGGUCAUGGUCAUGGUGAGUACACAGGGGACGAUAGUGUUGUGAAGGAGCAAGGUAGCCUGUAA